AAUUUACAGUAUGCAGCUGCCAUUACGUAAUCCAGUACUCCUGCAGCUUUUCUUUGACAUUGCGUGCAGCUCUUUUACAGCUCUUACAUUCACUUGGUUUGAUAACACAUAUUCCUAAUAAAAUGGCUGCAUUAAUCAGGAGGAUUGUCAACACAGCUAAAGCUCCUGCUGCUAUCGGCCCGUACAGCCAAGCAGUGCUGGUGGAUCGGACCAUGUACAUCUCAGGACAGCUGGGGAUGGAUGCUGCCAGUGGACAGUUGGUGGAAGGAGGGGUUCAGGCUCAAACCAGACAGGCUCUGGUGAAUAUGGGUGAAAUCCUUAAAGUCGCUGGGUGUGGUUAUGAGAAUGUUGUCAAAACCACAGUGCUCUUAUCUGACAUGAAUGACUUUACCAAUGUCAACGAUGUUUACAAGCAGUUCUUCAGCACUAACCACCCAGCCAGAGCUGCCUACCAGGUUGCUGCUCUCCCCAGAGGUGGACUGGUUGAGAUUGAAGCAGUUGCUGUAUUGGGCCCUCUGACCGAAGCUUCCUAGCAUCUAUCGAAAAAUGGAAACUGAAAAACCCAUGAUCAUGUAAAAUGAUUAAUUAUGUGCCUCGUUUUGUAGAGCAGUCAAGAAUUGAUGAAACUAAAUUCCUGUUGAGCACGAAUGAUUUCUAUUAAAGAUGUAUCAUAUUUUGUAGAUCAUUAAUCAUAAACAUGUCGUGGGUCCCCCCGCAGACUAACAGUCAGGAUAGGUACUUUCUCCCCUCUCAUUGACAUCCAUGAGGCGACGCUGCAUUUUACUUCCAGUAGCUGAAAAAUGUCUAAGCUUGUUUGUUCUUAUUGAAUUAAACUACCAGCCAUACCCAUGGCAUUGUAUCCUCUCAUUGUGCCAGUGGAUUGAUGAUCAAAUACAACUCAAUAAUAAAUGUUUUAAUUUA